AUGGAUUUUAUUGGAGAAAUUGUAGAUAAGUCAAGUGGUGGGCACAAGUGGAUUCUAGUAGCCAUUGAUUACUUUACCAAGUGGAUUGAAGCUAUUCCCACUAAAAAUACUACAAGAAAAGUUGUUAUAGAGUUCUUAAUGGAUAGUAUACUCACAAGGUUUGGAGUACCAAUCAGACUUGUUGUUGAUAAUUCUAUAUGUUUUGGUUCUAAAGAAUUCAAGGAUUUUUGUGCCACUUAUGGAAUUGAGAUUUUCUAUUCAGCCCUAUAUCAUCCUCAGGGGAAUGGGUGGGCCAAGUCUAGUAAUAAAAGUAUCCUAAAAAUUAUAAAGAGGAUGUUAGAGAAGAAUAAAAAGGCAUGGAAUUCAAAGCUUAAGUUUGCAUUAUGGGCAGACAGAUUGACAAUUAAGAAAGCCAUAGGAAAAUCUCCAUUUGAAUUAGUUUAUGGAUCUCAAGCUAGAAUAAUAGUGAAUAAUCUUUUACCUAUUAAAAAAUUCAUGCACGAGUAUGGUGAAAUGGAGGAUUCAAUAUAG